GCCUGUGUUCUGUGCCUGAGCUUCAUGCAGAAGCAGUCUCAAGAAUCCAUGGCAGAAACAAGCCUUGGUGCUUUUGGUGCAGUGCAGACGAUCCUACAAAGUGCAGCAGCAGGAUUUGCUUUUGGAGAAGCUGCAUUAUUCGCAGUAGAGCCCUCACUGACUGAAGAUGGCGUCCUGCUGUCUGCUGCAACUCUGGCUGCUGAACGAGCCGGAUCCACUGGGGUCGGCGUUGUGACAGCGUGUCUCGUGUUCACCUCACUGCUCAUUUCUCUGGGAAGUGGUUUCCUCCUUGCUGCCAUGGUGAUGAAGCUGUUGAAUAAAGUUGGAGCGAGGUUGCCUUGGUUAGAGGAGGCCACGACGGGAGCCUCUGUUGUGCUUGGUGCUGUCACUACUGGAGUGUUAGCAGGCAUCCUUCCUCCAUGGAUCUGCAUCGCCGUCCAAGGCAUUCUGGUCCUUGUAGUCUACUCAUACUCCAAUAUCAACGACAUGAGCACAGCUCUGUUGAUCAUCUUCACCACACUCUACCUCAGUGUCCUGUACGGAAGAAUGGGAGUCAUGGUUGGACUCUUCAUCAUGGGAUUGACCAUCUCCGUGCUUUGUGCCCUUCGAAAGGCUCUGACGGAGAGAAUGACCCAAAAACCAAAAUCUAAAAGCGGGUGCAAACUCCUGGAGAGGAUAUUCUUCUACUCUGUUUUUGUGGGUAUACUGGGAUUUUCGGUUGGUUUAGGGGCAGGUGGAGCAGGAGAAGGGUCUGAAGCGGAGGUGGUUUUGAUGCUGCAGUCGGUCCUCUGGGUUGCGUAUCUGUCCGCAGGCCUGCUCGGAGCUGGUCUGGGAACAGUGGCCACGGUUGGGCUGGGGCCAGAGGCGGCUGGAAAGGUCGCUUUGGGAGCUGCCAUAAUAUCAUCUGCUUCUCUUAGAGCCAUACUGCAUUCAAGUUUUUCUCUAGGAUCCCGGAGCAGCAUGGGGGGAACAUUAGGAGCGGCUACAGCUGCAGGGGUGUCGCUCGGAGCUGCAAGCGUUGCAGCAAAACAGGCGUUUGGGUCUAAAAACACAACGUUAGCAGCUCUAGGGUCAGUCGUUAUUGGUGUACUUCUGUCAACGCUCGGCCUAGCAGUGAAUUCGACACCCCUAACAAUAUCAGAACUUUUACAAAUCACCCUAGUUGCAGUAGGGGCGUUUGUCCUGGGUGCACCAAAGAGCCCGUUCAACACUCAGGUGAAUCUACAAAGGGGCCUUCUCACGGGGCCAGAGCUAAUUAAAGGAAUCGGCAUGGAGACGGUCACCGCAGCAGCAGCACCUAUCGGAGCCGGGGCACUGGGGGCUGCAGCGCUGGCUACUGCAGCUCUGGGGAGGCUGGGGACUCUGGGAGUUUCUGUGGCUAUACUGUUGGCUUUGGGAAGUGCCCUCAGUGGCAUGAUAGGAAAAUCACCGCAGACAACCAACACACACACAGACUGAUAGAAGCGCUCAGAUCUGUGGCCAAACGCUAAGAGUGCAUGUGUGUGCAUAUGCAUGUUCUUGCAUUAUUGCAUAUUCAAACUGACGUAAAAUAUGAAUACCGAAUUUGAAUCAAAUACUCUUUUAAAUGAAAAGCAAAUUUGCAUACCUGACAAUCGUGUCAUAAAGAUGUGUAAUUGAGUGUUAAAAAAAAUAAGAAUAAAUGUUAU